AGAAAAAAAAAGAAAAAAAAAGAAGAAGAAAUUCCCUCAGGCAGAAAAAAUGAGGGUUCUCGCCUUAUAAUGUAAAACCCUCCCGAGUACUGAGUCCUGAGUCCUGAGGGUGUUCCACAGUGAGUGACUAGCACGGCCCUUGGUUGGUGAUAGCAGGAAGGAAAGAAAGAUGAACAAGGACAAAAUAUUUAAGCUUGCAAAGGGGUUCAGGGGCAGGGCCAAGAACUGCAUAAGAAUAGCGACAGAGAGAGUGGAGAAGGCCUUGCAGUACUCCUACAGAGACCGCCGCAACAAGAAGCGUGACAUGCGCUCCCUCUGGAUCCAACGCAUCAACGCCGGCACCCGCCAACACGGCGUUAAUUAUGGCAACUUCAUGCAUGGGCUGAUGAAAGAGAACAUCCAACUGAACAGGAAAGUUUUGUCAGAACUAUCUAUGCACGAACCAUAUAGUUUCAAGGCCCUGGUAGAAGUCUCUCGCAAUGCAUUCCCUGGAAAUAAGAAUGUGGUGAUCCCUCCCAAAAAGGAAGGCAUUUCAAUUGUUGUGUAAUUGGUGAUUUAGAUCACUCAUUCUCUCAUUGCCCUUUCAAAGAAAACUGAAAACUGAACCGUUAAGAGUUAGUGCCUUUUUGUUUUGUUUUGUUUUUUGGAACACUACUCGGUGAUUUUAUUUACCUUUUAAAAAAUAAAUCGACUGUUUUUUCUCCUCUGUUAA